AUGGUUAGCAAGAGAGAACUACUUAAGAGUAAAACCAAGGCCGUCUUGGCCUCUACCCUUGAGUACACUUCCGAGUAUGCAGCAGACUCUUUAGUAAAGGGAAGCAAACGAGGAUUGGCAGCUGGUACUGCGGCCUCGUUGAUGGAGUUGGGCUUAGACAAAUGGGAAGGGGGAUCCAGUAGCCGCAAGUUGCCCGCAAGUUCUACUGUGAAUACAGAGUUAGACGAUGAUGCUGAGCAUUUUGUGGAUAAACUGGUUGAUAAACUGUUGCGCCAUACUGUCACCAAACGUGAAAGGCAGCUAUUGAAGAGUAAGAUGCAGGAUCCAGUGAGGAAGGAUCAACCACGGUUAUCGAUCAAGGUCAUGAUGGAAAAUCUAAGGACAUUAAGUGCACACCUGGAACUUGUUUUCACAAUUCAGCAUGGAAUUUCAAGGGUGAUCAAAUGGCAUUGUCCUUCAAUGACCAUCACAUAUUUAUUGCUCUAUACAUGGGCGGUAAUAUCACCAUAUAUGUUCUUGGUAUACAUGCUGGUGUUUCUAACUUACGGUGUUGUGGUGCAGAAAUACUUGGAAAGACACCCAAUUGAGCCUCUGAACCUAGUGGACACACCGAAUCGCAUUUCAGGAUCAUUGCUGGACUUUCUGGCACCCUCAGAAUUCACUGAUCCGAUGAGCGGAGAACUCUACGAGUCAAUUCGGGAAGAGGUGUUAUCACAGGAACAGGAGGAUCACAGUGAUGCGGAGAGUAUUGUCUCUAUUUCAGAGAGCGUAGAAGAGGUUGUUGAAGAAACUGAGAGCGGAAAGACCUUCAACAAAGAAAUGAAUAUCCUUAUCAACAUGAGAGACCUUCAGAAUUUGCUUUCUCAUCUUACUACACAGAUCGAGUUUAUUGAACAGUAUUGUCACGAGAAUUUUUCUUUUCAAGAUGAAAAGCUGUCCACAUCACUAUUUUUAAAGUUCUGGCUGUGGAUGAUCCUCUUAUUUUGUUUCGGACGUUAUAUUCCCUGGAAAGCUAUUUUUAUCGUUUCAGGAUGGGUUGCUGUUUGUCGUUGUCACCCCAGUUUCCACAAACUGGGUGUUUUAUUUCUUUUGCUUCCCGAAAAUUGGGAUUCGGGUAAAGCCAAGCCUGUACCGGAUUCUGAAAGUAAUAAAGCUGAAUAUAAAUCGCUGAUCUUAGAUGAAGAACCAGAAAUCAGGACGGUUGAAGUAUUUGAACUACAACAAAACGGAUUAACUCCCUCUCAGUAUGUCCCUAUAUGUUUCACAACAACAAUCUUCCACCAAAGAAGCAAUCUUCGACGACAUCAAAAGAAACCGAAGGGAUCUAUCUUACUUAAUGAGAUGCAGGCACCAAAAGAAUGGACAUUCUCAAUUGAAGGUUGGACUUUAGAUACUGAUCCGAAGAAAUGGUGCUACGAUCGAAACUUGAUUGACGGUGUUGUUUUCAAGAACGACGAGUGGUGCUAUGAUUUGAAUAACCAAUUUCGUCGUAGGCGAUGGGUAAGGGAAUGCUUCAGAUAUGCUAGGCCAGUUCCUGAGUGA